AUGACCACGGAGAUGACUGAUUGCAUUCUGGUCUUGACUCGGGCACUAAGAGAUUUGCAUUCUAGGGUGCGAGCAGCAUAUGGUGAAUUGCCUCUAUUGGUCUCUUCUAUCAAGGUGAAGCCUGGUGACUCUGUACUAGUGAAUAAUUGGAUUCGUUACUUAAUUCCCGAAGAACUGCAGCUGGGUGCCUUUGUUGGAAAUAUCGCAGUUGACUUGGGUUUAGACGUGAAAGAGCUCAAGAUCCGCAGUUUCCGUAUUGUGCCUGGGCCGACGAAACAAUUUUUCGACGUAAAUGAGAACAAUGGCAAUCUAUUUGUGAAGGAAAAGAUAGACAGGGAACAGAUCUGUGGACCGAGCGCAGUGUGUAUCUUGUCCUUAGAAACAAUGAUCGAAAAUCCUUUCAGUCUGCACGAAGCUGAAGUGGAAAUUCUGGAUGUAAAUGACAAUGAACCGACUUUUUCUGAAAGCACGAUGCGCCUUGACAUCUCAGAAAUGGCCGCACCAGGAACAAGUAAUCCGCUUGAGUGCGCUCAUGACCCAGACGUAGGAAGUAACUCGGUGCAAUCAUAUCAGUUAGUUGAGAAUGAUUACUUCUCAUUGGACGUUGAGUAUCGAAAUGGAAAUGAAGUCAUGCCCGUGUUAGUUUUAAAAAGAGCACUGGAUAGAGAAACAAUACCCAGACACAUGAUGCUGCUGAUUGCUAAGGACGGCGGAGUCCCCGCGCGUUCAGGAACCGCAGAAAUAUUAAUAAUUGUGAAAGAUGUAAAUGAUAACUCUCCCCAGUUCUCCCAGUCCGUUUACAGGGUUAACGUGAUGGAAAAUAUGUCCAUAGGAUCACUGGUUAUCAAAUUAAAUGCCACUGAUUUAGAUGAUGGAUCAAAUGGAGAGAUUAUUUACUCUUUCGGUCGCCAAACAUCAGAUAGAUUACGUGAGCUGUUUAACGUAGAUUACAAAACAGGUGAAAUAACGAUCAAUGGAAAUUUGGACCAUGAAGAAAGCGAUAUGUUUGAAUUAAAUAUUCAGGCUGAUGACUCCGGUCCCGCCGCAAUUUCAUCUUUUUGUCACGUGCUCGUUCACGUUAUCGAUAUGAAUGACAAUGCGCCAGAGAUCACUGUAUCUACGCUGUUUACCCCCGUGCCCGAAGAUUCGGAGCCAGGCACGGUUGUGGCUUUAAUCGGUGCCACAGAUAAAGAUUCUGGAGACAAUGGAAAGUUGAAUUGUCAAGUGGCAAAUGACGUUCCUUUCCAUCUGGACGCAUCUUCUAAAAAAUAUUUAACACUGCACACGCAACACCAUCUUGAUCGUGAAAAUAUUUCGAGGUAUGAAAUAACAAUCGUCUGCGGUGAUUCGGGGUCACCUGUGCUCACCUCGAAGAAAAUUAUUGUGGUGGACGUUUCUGAUAUAAAUGAUAAUUCGCCGUACUUUUCUCAGCCUUUAUAUACAGCACAUGUGAUGGAGAACAAUGUUAUCGGGGCGUCCAUCUUUUCAGUAACAGCGUUUGAUCCAGAUUUAGAUCAGAACUCUGAAUUAAACUAUUCAAUCGUACCGAGCCAGGUUCAGACCGAGUCAGUGUUCAAUUAUGUACAUAUCCAAUCAAAACAAGGAAUUAUAUUUUCGCAAAGAUCUUUCGACUACGAGAGUCUCAAACAAAUUCAGAUAUGGGUUGUGGUGACGGACUCGGGACAGCCGCCAUUAUCCAGCAACGUUACUGUGGAAUUUAUUAUCCUUGAUCAGAAUGACAACGCUCCGGUAAUUGUACACCCAUUACCCGAUUAUGGAUCGAUAGUAACAGAGACAAUGUCUCGUUCGGCAGAACCAGGCUACCUGGUUGCCAAGGUAUCGGCGAAGGAUGCGGACUAUGGCCAGAAUGCCCGGCUUUCCUAUCAACUUAUUCAGGCCACUAAUCGUGGACUUUUUACCAUUUCACCAGAUACUGGCGAGAUCUGGACAAUCCGUGGUAUAAUGAGCAAAGACAGCACAAGGGAAAGGUUGGUCGUCGGUGUAAAAGAUCACGGUUCACCGCCACUUUCCGCUUCAUUGACUAUUAUCUUAUCAUUGGCAGACAAUGAUAUGGAAACAUUUACUGAUGCGAACGGUUCGGCUCAAGAACCCACAACGUUUGCGGAUCUCAGCAUUUACUUAGUCAUAUGCUUAGGGGUGACCUCUUCUACAUUUCUCGUCAUUGUGAUUCUGCUCGCCGUUAAGAUUUAUAAAGGGAGGAGUCGAUUUGAGUCCCACGAUUGUUAUCUGGGCACUUGCCAUUGCUUUGAAACACGCAGUUCGUUGAAUGGAAUACAAAAAGCCAGCAGAAAUCUUGAAAUUGUUCCAAAUUACGUGGAAGUGUUUGGGGGUGAUCCGCUUUCUCAAAGUUUCCGAUAUGACACGUGUUCGAGUUCCGGCACUGCGAAGAGACAUGCCAUGUUUCCUAAAAUAGACAACGCAUCUGGACGCAAGGUUAGUAUCACUCGCGAGAUCAAAGAAAUUGCGAAUAAUUUAAUCUGCCAGCACAAUGAGACACUUAACGUGAACUGUAAGACUGUCUUCGAUCUGAUUUUGUAA